AUGGCUGGCUUGCUCUUUGGCAUCUGCAUUGGAAAUUGGCUCCUUUGCGAUUUUUCCCUGUGUAAAGAGUGCCAUAGUGGCUGCCUCUGCGCACACCUGCAUUACUACAGAUAUCUGAAGAUUCCUCCAGUUUCAUUUCAGGGUCUGUUGACAUUCAGGGAUGUGGCCAUAGAAUUCUCUCAGGAGGAGUGGAAAUGCCUGGACGCUGCUCAGAGGACUCUAUACAGAGACGUGAUGCUGGAGAAUUACAGGAACCUGGUCUCCCUGGAUAUCUCUUCCAAAUGCAUGAUGAAGGAGUUCUCAUCAACAGCACAAGGCAAUACAGAGGUGAUCCACAGAGGGACAAUGCAAAGACGUGAACCUCAUCACAUUGGAGAUUUUUGCUUCCAGGAAAUGGAGAAAGAUAUUCGUGAUUUUGAGUUUCAGUGGAAAGAAGAUGAAAGAAAUAGCCAUGAAGCACCCAUGACAAAACUCAAAGAGUUGACGAGUAGUACAAACCGACAGGAUCAAACGCAUGAUGGAAACAAACCUAUUAAAGAUCAGCUUGGAUUAAACUUUCAUUUGCAUCUAUCUGAACUGCAUAUAUUUCAGCCCGAAGGGAAGAUUGGUAAUCAAGUUGAGAAGUCUAUCAACGACGAUUCCUUAAUUUCAACAUCCCAAAGCAUUGAGAAGUCUAUCAACAAUGCUUCUUCAUUUUCAACAGCCCAAAGAAUUUCUUGUAGGCCCAAAACCCAUAUAUCUAAUAACUAUGGGAAUAAUUUCCUGAAUUCUUCAUUACUCACACAAAAGCAGGAAGUACACAUGAGAGAAAAAUCUUUCCCAUGUACUGAAAGUGGCAAAGCCUUUAAUUAUAGCUCAGUCUUAAGGAAACAUCAGAUAAUCCCUUUAGGAGCGAAACAGUAUAAAUGUGAUGUGUGUGGCAAGGUCUUUAAUCAAAAGCGAUACCUUGCAUGUCAUCGUAGAUGUCACACUGGCGAGAAACCUUACAAGUGUAAUGAUUGUGGCAAGACCUUCAGUCAGGAGUUAACCCUUACAUGCCAUCGUAGACUUCAUACUGGAGAGAAACAUUACAAGUGCAGUGAGUGUGGCAAGACCUUCAGUCGAAAUUCAGCCCUUGUAAUUCAUAAGGCAGUUCAUACUGGAGAGAAAUCUUACAGGUGUAAUGAAUGUGGCAAGACCUUCAGUCAAACGUCAUACCUUGUAUACCAUCGUAGACUUCAUACUGGAGAGAAACCUUACAAAUGUGAAGAAUGUGACAAAGCUUUCAGUUUCAAAUCAAACCUUGAAAGACAUAGGAAAAUUCAUACUGGAGAGAAACCGUACAAGUGUAAUGAGUGCAGCAGGACCUUUAGUCGGAAGUCAUCCCUUACACGCCAUCGUAGGCUUCAUACUGGAGAGAAACCUUACAAGUGUAAUGAGUGUGGUAAGACCUUCAGUCAGAUGUCAUCCCUUGUAUACCACCGUAGACUUCAUACUGGAGAGAAACCUUACAAAUGUGAAGAAUGUGAUGAAGCUUUCAGUUUCAAAUCAAACCUUGAAAGACAUAAGAGAAUUCAUACUGGAGAGAAACCUUACAAGUGUAAUGAUUGUGGAAAGACCUUCAGUCAGACGUCAUCCCUUGUAUACCAUCGUAGACUUCAUACUGGAGAGAAACCUUACAAAUGUGAAGAAUGUGAUGAAGCUUUCAGUUUCAAAUCAAACCUUGAAAGACAUAGGAUAAUUCAUACUGGAGAGAAACUUUACAAGUGUAACGAAUGCGGCAAGACCUUUAGUCGGAAGUCAUCCCUUACACGCCAUCGUAGACUUCAUACUGGAGAAAAACCUUACAAGUGUAAUGAGUGUGGCAAAGCCUUUCGUGGGCAGUCAGCACUUAUUUACCAUCAAGCAAUCCAUGGUAUAGGGAAACUUUACAAAUGUAAUGAUUGUCACCAGGUCUUUAGUAAUGCUACAACUAUUGCAAAUCAUUGGAGAAUCCAUAAUGAAGAGAGAUCUUACAAGUGUAAUAGAUGUGGCAAAUUUUUCAGACAUCGUUCAUACCUUGCAGUUCAUUGGCAAACUCAUAGUGGAGAGAAACCUUACAAAUGUGAAGAAUGUGACGAAGCUUUUAGUUUCAAGUCAAACCUUCAAAGACAUAGGAGAAUUCAUACUGGAGAGAAACCUUACAGGUGUAAUGAAUGUGGCAAGACCUUUAGUUGGAAGUCAUACCUUACAUGCCAUCGUAGACUCCAUACUGGAGAGAAACCUCACAAGUGUAAUGAGUGUGGCAAGACCUUCGGUCGCACUUCAGCCCUUGUAAUUCAUAAGGCAAUUCAUACUGGAGAGAAACCUUACAAGUGUAAUGAGUGUGGCAAGUCCUUCAGUCAGAAGUCAUCCCUUACCUGCCAUUGUAGACUUCAUACUGGAGAGAAGCCUUACAAAUGUGAAGAAUGUGACAAAGUUUUCAGUCGCAAAUCAAGCCUUGAAAAACACAGGAGAAUUCAUACUGGAGAGAAACCAUACAAAUGUAAGGUUUGUGACAAAGCUUUUGGGCGUGAUUCACACCUGGCACAACAUACUAGAAUUCACACUGGAGAGAAACCUUACAAGUGUAAUGAAUGUG